CUUCAAUUUCACAUAUUUUUAGAAUUCCACACGUCUGAUCUCAACUAACAAUGCACUGAUAAAUAAAUACUCGCAAUGAGUAGACGCAGCUAUUACUGAGUGGAGAAGGUCGAACUCAUUCAAGGCCGCGUCUCACACUGUGAUCGCGAGUUUUUCGUAGACUCAAAAUUACACUCUAACAAAACCGGAAUGAAAAUUUGUUUUAGUGCAACUCAAAACUAAUCCGUGUACCACGUCGAAAAGUAUUGGUGUCUGCUCUUGAACUAAUGCACUUCUGUUUUCUUUGCUUUGCUCCCUUUCACUGUAUCUUCCCCUUUCCUUGACAUUUACUGGUUGCUGGACAACAGGACUGAUUGAAUUCGGUCAACGUGCAGUGACCAAUGUCGAACGGCCUUUCGGAUCGCAUAGACAAGCAGAUGACGACUAAAGGUGCUUACAUUAAUUAUUCUUAGAAAAACAGUGGUUACUAGGGUUACAUAGAGAUAAGCCCAAUGAGAGAGUGCCCUUUCGGUGGCGUGAUGGAGGCAUCCUGCAGCAUCUUAAAAUGUUUGGCCCUGAAAUGAAAUUAUAUUUCAAGGGACUUUGCUAUAAUUAUCGCACUUAAGCAUGUGUUUGAAUUCCAGAAAUAGACGAAAAGUCUCACCUUUCGUCGUGCAUUGGAAGACUGAGGUUCGAACAUUUCGAGAUAAAAAAGGUUUUAGAAAAUAGCACGCAUCUUAUGGCUUCUGAAGGAAAGGAGUUUGAUAUGGAAGAUGAAAAAACAGUGUUGGAUCCCAAAGAGCGACUAGCCAAGCAGAGACAAUUGUUAAACGCAAGACUGGGCUUAGAUAUAGCUGCCAAAAUGGGCUUCGACACGGGUGCAUUAUUCAGUAAUGAUGAUUUGAUCAUAAACAGUGUUAAACAGGAACAUUCAGAGGAUGUUAAGAAACACAUAAGUGAUGUAAUAGACUGCAGAGACAAAGAACUGAGCUCGAGAGAAAUAAACAGGGCGAAAAGAAAAGCCAGACAGGCAGUGAGUAAACAAAAAAAAGAAAACUCGGAGGACAACGGGGACGAACCCGAACUGAAGAGAAUGAAAUCUGAAAACGAUGAGAGCAUGUUGAACCAAGAUAUAGAACAAGGAGAUAAUACGGAUUGGCCACUGGAGUGGUUUUGUGAUCAGCUGAGCCAAGAUCUGUUUAGUUGUAGUUGGGAGAUUAGGCACGGUGCUGCCACCGCGUUAAGAGAGGUCAUAACAGUACAUGGUAGUGGUGCGGGAAAAGCUACUUACCUGACUUCAGAGCAGAUGGAGGAGUAUCACCAAAUAUGGCUGGAAGACAUCUCCAUCCGGCUUUUGUGUGUCCUAGCUCUCGACAGGUUCGGGGACUUCAUCACCGACGCUGUGGUGGCACCUGUAAGAGAGACAUGCGCCCAGACGCUCUGCGCCUCUUUGAAGCUGAUGAGAGCAGAAGCUUGUCACAAGGUGCUCAAGAUACUGUUUGAGCUGCUCAGCCAUGCAGAGUGGGAAGCAAGGCAUGGAGGGUUGUUGGGAUUGAAGUACCUGUUGGCUGUCAGAGAAGAUUUGAGCGAUGGAUUUUUACCAGAGGCGUUUCCGUAUAUCAUGAAAGGAUUAUCUGACGAUGUAGAUGACGUUAGUGCCGUGGCAGCAUCAGCUCUGAUCCCUGUUGCCGAAAAACUAACUCGACUCGUACCUGAGAGCAUAUCACAAGUGAUAACCAAACUAUGGGACCUGCUCAUGGAACAAGACGAACUAGCGGCGGCCUGUAAUAGCUUCAUGGGACUUUUAGCAUCCAUUUUGAACGUGCCUGGUAGUCAACAAUUGUUACCACAACAGCCGUUGAUGGAUGUGAUACCACGCUUAUGGCCGUUUCUGUCGCAUAGCACUUCUAGCGUCAGGAAGGCAACAUUGCAAACAUUAGCUACUUUGACUGAAAAACCGCAAAAUGGCUUCUGUAUCAUAUGGAACGCUCAAAUUUUACAAGACGCCCUACGCCAUGUGUUCCAGAGAAUCCUGAUAGAGCAAAACGCGGACGUUAGAGAUGUUGCUGAGAUAGUGUGGAACAAUCUUGUAAGAAACUCAACGUUAACUGAACUCCUUCACGCCGCAUGUCCAUUCAUUACCAUCUGGCUGUACCUGAGUAUGCAGUCCGUCCGAGUGCCGUUCGACAACAACUUCAUGAUCUUCCACGCCAAAGUGCAGAAGAAAAAGGGUGGUAUCGAGGGUUUGAACAAUUUCGAUCAUACUGUAGUGCCGCCGAAGUUCUAUAUCGGUGGUAGCGAAACUACGCCGUUGGCUGUCAGAGAGGUGAAUGCUGUGCAAGUGAGGUGUGCGACGGCAAGGAUGCUGGGGCUGUUGUCAUGUUAUAUCGUUAAGCCAGCGCCGGGAGUUGACUAUUCGACAGAUAUAGAGAAGCCACUUGAUGCCUACCAAAAGGUGUUACUGGUCCAUUUAAAUUCAAAAUCUGCACAGCAGCGUCUGAUGGCCGGACUAGUUAUCGCCGAAUGGGCUAAGAAAGAUGAAGAGAUAAAGACUUGUCCCGAAUUGCUAAAACAAAGAUUGAAUUCUUGUAUCAAUGAAUGCGUGUAUUAUGAUGAAAUUGCACAUAGCUUUACUAGGCUGGCACAGGAGACACGAGACUUUUUGGCCACUUUGAAACACUACAAGGUGCCAAUUACCGUAGAAAAUGAGAAUGUGCUGACUCUACAGCAAAUUCAACAACUGACCGGGACUGAAACCCAAGAAACUCUAGUCAGACUUAAGCUUAAAGCCAAAGUACUCGAUAGUCUAGAGGAAAGAAGACGUAGUAUACAGUCUUCAGUUAGUCAAACUAUUAAUGAUCAGCUUACUCUUAAUGUUAGUUCUUUGGCUGCCUUAGCAGGAGCAAUAGUCAUGUUUCGAGCUCUUCCACAGAAAUUGACUCCUGUAGCGAAACCCUUAAUGCAAUCCAUACGCCACGAAAGCGAAGAAAAUCUCCAGAAGUUGACCGCCGAACAUUUGGCAGUGCUGCUAGAAUGGUGCCGAGACAAAAAUCCUUCUCCAAACGAUAAAAUAAUAUAUAAUACGUGUAUCUUCCUUAGGAGCGAUCCAGAGUUCACACCCGUGAUCGAGAAAAGUCAAGGUGAGCCUAGCACCCGAAAUGGUGAUGUUUCCGAUAUACCAGUGAACUAUCACGGCAUUGUAACGUUGCAAAAUCAACAAAAAAAUGCUGAAAGAGCCGUUUUUAAACGUUCCAAUAGCACCACCAGGGGUCCAGGUAGACCCCCUGCUACUGAUAUACCUCUCGAAGAGUUGUUUAAAGAGGAGGACGAGACCCAAAGAAACAACUGCAUCCAGAGGAGAGGGGCGACGUUUGCACUGACCGCGAUCACAAGGCAGUUUGGUGAGAAUUUGCCUACUUGCGUCCCAAAGUUGUGGGAGAUGAUCGUCGGACAGUUGAUCCAGACGGUGAACCCGCAGACAUUUAAUCCAAAGGCUUUGUAUGGGAGAAAUGAGGAGGCACAACAGCUUCUUUGGAUACUACAGGUACUGGAGGUGACCUGUACAAGUCUGCACAACGCCCUGUUGCCAUAUGUCAUGGAACAAUCCCUCGUUAGGCUGUGCGUCUUGCUAUCUCAUCCGUACAAAGCGGUACGACAUCUUGCUUCACGCUGUCUGGCUGCUUUUGCGAAACUGAACUCUGUUAGCGUUAUGGAACACGUAGUUAGCAUUGUUUUACCCAAGCUUGGAACUACUGACUGUGAUAUUGAUAGACAAGGAGCUGUAGAAGCAAUAGCUUGCAUUGUCGACGCCCUACAGUUUGAUAUUAUUCCUUACGUAGUAUUACUGAUUGUACCUUUACUGGGCAGGAUGUCCGAUCAAAAUUCCUGCGUAAGACUGAUGGGUACUCAUAGCUUUGCUACCUUAGUACAACUGAUGCCCCUUGACGGAAGCGUACCUGAUCCACCAAAUUUCAAAGAUAGUAGUCUCAGCAGUCACUGUGAGAAAGAACGCGAAUUUCUAAAACACCUAUUAUCUCCAUCCGUGAUUCCUGAUUACGUGGUACCAGUUCCGAUCGGAGCAAAAUUACGAAGUUACCAACAGACAGGAGUGAACUGGUUGGCAUUCCUCAACAAAUAUAAGCUCCACGGAAUCCUGUGCGAUGAUAUGGGCCUUGGAAAGACCCUGCAGAGUAUCUGUAUGUUAGCUGGAGAUCAUUUUUAUAGAGACGUUAGGUAUAGAGAAACCAAAUUCCCCGACUGUGCGCCGCUUCCUUCUUUAGUUAUAUGUCCACCCACGUUGACAGGUCACUGGGUGUACGAAGUGGAAAAAUUCGUAAAACACAAGUACCUUCGUCCUCUUCAAUACAACGGCUCUCCGACGGAGCGAGAGAAAUUGAGACCUAAAUUUAAAAGAUAUAACCUUAUCGUUGCGUCUUACGAUAUAGUGCGGAAAGAUAUCGAUUUUUUCUCGACCAUCAAAUGGAACUACGUGAUACUCGAUGAAGGUCACGUGAUCAAGAACGGGAAAACGAGAACGAGCAUCGCUAUAAAGGCGCUGAAAGCGAAUCACAGGUUGAUUUUGAGCGGAACGCCUAUCCAGAAUAACGUUCUGGAACUAUGGAGUUUGUUUGAUUUUCUUAUGCCUGGAUUCUUAGGGACUGAAAAGCAGUUCACAGCUCGAUACUCUAGACCAAUCUUAGCCAGCAGAGAUCCUAAAUGCUCUUCCAAGGAUCAAGAGGCAGGAGUUUUGGCUAUGGAAUCUCUUCACCGACAAGUUCUACCAUUUCUACUGAGAAGAAUGAAAGAAGACGUGUUAGCUGAUCUGCCACCAAAAAUUACUCAAGAUUAUUAUUGUGAACUCAGUCCGUUGCAGGAGCAAUUGUACGAAGAUUUUUCAAAAUCGCUGGCUCAUCAAACAUUACAGGAGUCGAUAUCAACUGGAGCAGUUUCUACAUCUUUGCAAGGAAAUACCCAUAUAUUUCAGGCUCUCCGAUACUUGCAAAACGUUUGCAACCAUCCGAAAUUGGUGUUGAACCCAUCACAUCCACAAUAUAUGCAAAUAACUGCACAGUUACAGAAACACAAUUCAAGAUUGGAUGAUAUAUCGCAUUCCGCGAAGCUACCUGCGUUAAAGCAACUUCUUCAAGACUGUGGCAUUGGUGUGUCAGAGAGUGGUGACAAAGAAUCAACAGAAAUUGUCGUAAAUCAGCACCGUGCGCUGAUCUUCUGCCAAUUGAAAGCCAUGCUAGAUAUAAUAGAAAAUGAUCUCCUCAAAAAGCAUAUGCCUAGUGUUACCUAUUUAAGGCUAGAUGGAUCUAUAGCCCCUGGACAGAGGCACUCUGUUGUCACAAGGUUUAAUGACGAUCCUUCCAUAGACGUUCUGCUGCUUACAACGCAAGUUGGCGGCUUAGGUUUAAAUUUGACAGGAGCCGAUACUGUAAUAUUCGUCGAACACGACUGGAAUCCCAUGAAAGAUCUGCAGGCCAUGGACAGGGCGCAUAGAAUAGGACAGAAGAAGGUGGUGAAUGUCUAUAGACUCAUCACCAGAGCGACUUUGGAAGAGAAAAUCAUGGGAUUGCAGAAGUUCAAAGUCCAAACGGCAAACACUGUCAUCAGCGGAGAAAACAGUUCAAUGGAAACUAUGGGUACCGAACAAGUACUGGACUUGUUUUCUCACACACCAAAUAAUCUCAGAGACGGAACUUCUGGAUCCAAAUCGAAUAUUGGCAUGAAAGCCUUCUUGGAGUCCCUACCGGAGCUUUGGGACCCCAAACAGUAUGAGAAUGAGUAUGAUCUGUCUCAGUUUAUCACCAAGUUGAAGUAGUGUAUGUGUAGCGUAUUAACUUUUAGUCUCAAUAUCUUGCCAUAUCUUUGAUGCGGAUAUACAAGAUGUCAACCUCUCGCAUGCAUGCAGAACACAAAAGAUGCCUGAUGGGCCUCUACGGAGAUACACGCCUCUAAAGGAGGCUAAUGGAAAUGAGUUUUUCUCAAUUCACCUUCAAACGACACAAGCUUUACAACAUCAAAGAGUUCAUUUAGAACAGUUAACUGAUUUAGAGCAAACAUUAUAUUGCAUGUUUUUUACACAUACUAUAUAAUAAUGGUUCAAAUUUUUUUAAGUGAAUUGCUGUUUUUGGAUCCAAUGAUAAGUUGUUUCACUAUAUCAUUUUCAGAUGAUUAUUGUAUAAAGUGUAACAUAGUAAGUAAUUUUGCAUUAGACACGCCAUGCUGUCAAAAUUUCACUAAAUUAUACAGUUUCUUAAAAACAAAAGGUUUUCGAUAUUGUCCUUCAGGUUCCUGAACCAUAGAACUUUUAUACGAACUUGCGAUAUUAUUUUGUGUGCGAAAGAUUGCCAUCUUAUUUUGAAGCACCCUGCUUCAACCAUUUUGUUUACUACAUACAAUCAUUUAUGAUAGUUUGCCUCCUGUGAUCUAGACUGAUAUUUUUUUUAUCCAUUGUCUCUGACAGCUUAGGUAAACUUGCUCAUUUUUUUAGUAUAACCCGUUAUUACUAUGGUAUUCCUAUAGAAGUUGAAAUACAUAGACAGUCGUUUUCUUCAUCUUUAAUUCCUUAGAUACGUAUUAAUACUCCUUGACCCUGCAGAAAAUUAAACCAGAUUCUCAACCUUCAAUAGCACUCACCUUAGUUCUCUGAUAGUUUUAAUUUAAUUGAGUUGAUCUGAUGGUAGAUUUAUGGUGAGAUAUUGGGCUGACUUUUGUAUGAUCUUUAAUUUAUUUUUCCUGUUAGAGGAACCCUUUCAUACCAAAUUCAACUUAUAUUAUUUAUUUAUAUUGGUAGAUAGUUGUUUUUGUGUGUGACUCAAGAUGACUUCUUUUAAAUAUAAUAGUAACAUUUUAUAUAUAUUUUGCGUUAUGCGGAUCCUCAUUUAACUUGGUAAACUAGCACAAAGUGCUAGCAAUAAAAUCAAUACGAUAUACUUUAAAUAAAGAUUGAGACAAAAUCGCAUUUAGGUACUGUGUUAUUUUUUAAGAGGAUCCACAUGUCUUAUCUCUCCAACAUUACUCCCAGUUUAUGAUUUUGAUAUCUAAUUAAAUGUACCUAUCAAUUUUCAAUAAAAUCCGUUUAUGUGUGACA